UGUCACACUCCAAAUGGUCAUUUGUCUCCAUCUAGUGUACAAAACUGAGACAGACUAUUCAGACCUGUCCUCGAUCUCGACCUAUCAUAUCGCCCCUUGUUGGUAGGUCUUCCUUCUCUGUCAAGGUGGAAGGACAUCUGCUAAAACACCGAGGGAAUAUAGAAUUACUUAAAGAUGACUUUUUUAGGAAGAGUUGUAGGUAUCCUUAGGGCCGGGACGCAGCUUCAGAGACGCGGACCUCUGAAAACAGUAACCCGAAAAGCUGGUGGAGGACCACACAUAGAGCCCCAGUACAGGCAAUACCCACAACUUACCAAGAACCAAAAGUUUCAAGCAGAGUUCAUCAGCAGUGCCAUGUGGUUCUGGAUCCUGUGGCACUGCUGGCAUGACCCAGAUGCCGUUAUGGGUCACUUCCCAUGGCCUGAUGCAUCUGCGUGGACAGAUGAAGAACUGGGGAUCCCAGCAGAUGAAGAGUAAGGUGCCCUGCUCCAUGCCCCCCCAGAUGACCUUAUCUGUGCCAGACUGUUUCCUGAGAGGAACUGUUGUACAUAUACCAAUAAAUACAUUUAAAUUAUUCUAUGA